GGAUACAUGACUUGCUGAAAAGAGAGAAAAUGCUAUGCUGGGGAUACUCGUCUUUUGGACAACCUGGGAUAGGUAGCAACCUCCAGGUCAUCAUUCCUGAACCGCGGGUGUAUGCAUUCAUUCAUGACAGAAAUGUCAAGGAGGUGGCAUGUGGAGGAAACCACUCUGUCUUCCUUUUGGAAGAUGGGGAAGUGUAUACCUGUGGCUUGAACACCAAAGGCCAACUGGGGCAUGACUGUGAAGGAAGCAAGCCAGAGCAAAUUGGAGCCUUGGCCGGGCAGCACAUCGUGCACGUGGCCUGCGGAGAGUCUCACAGCGUGGCACUCAGUGACCAGGGCCAGCUCUUCUCCUGGGGUGCUGGCAGUGAUGGACAGUUGGGCCUCACCACUAUAGAAGACGUGGUGACGGUACCAAGGUUGAUAAAGAAAUUGAACCAACAGACAAUACUGCAGGUUUCCUGUGGAAAUUGGCACUGCCUGGCUUUGGCAGCAGAUGGCCAAUUCUUCACGUGGGGACAGAACAGCUAUGGUCAACUGGGCUUGGGCAAAGAAUGUCCCUCCCAAGCCAGUCCACAACGUGUCAAGUCUCUUGAUGGGAUCCCUUUGGCUCAGGUUGCUGCAGGUGGAGCCCACAGUUUUGCCCUCUCUCUCUCAGGAGCUGUGUUUGGCUGGGGGAAGAACAGCUCAGGACAGCUGGGACUAAGUGAUGAACGAGACCGAGAAUCCCCUUGUCAUGUGAAGCUGUUGCGGUCUCAGAAGGUUGUUUACAUCAGCUGUGGAGAAGAACACACAGCAGUUCUGACAAAGAGUGGAGGGGUGUUCACGUUCGGUGCAGGUUCCUGUGGGCAACUGGGACAUGACUCCAUGAACGAUGAAGUGAACCCCCGAAGAGUUCUUGAGCUAAUGGGCAGUGAAGUAUCCCAGAUUGCUUGUGGCAGACAUCACACUUUAGCCUUUGUGCCUUCUUCAGGAAUGAUCUAUGCAUUUGGCUGUGGAACAAGAGGCCAGCUGGGAACAGGGCACACUUGCAAUGUUAAGUGUCCCUCUCCCGUCAAGGGUCACUGGGCAGCUCACAAUGGGCAACUCUCAGGGAAACCUGAUGCCUGUAAAUAUCACGUUGUUAAACAUAUCUUCUCUGGAGGAGACCAAACAUUUGUGCUUUGCUCUAAAUACGAGAAUUCCUUGCCUGCUGAUGAUUUCCGGACCAUAAAUGAAACACGUUACACCUGUUUAAUAAAUGAUGAAACUAUAGAUGUCUGGAGGAAAAAGCUUUUAGAGAAGAACAGUUCUAAUUCUGUCAAUAAUGUUGUUCAGAUACUGUCCUCAGCUGCCUGCUGGAAUGGAAGCUUCUUGGAGAAGAAAAUUGAUGAACAUUUUAAAACCAGUCCGAAGAUCCCAGGAAUUGAUCUGAACUCCACCAGAGUGCUGUUUGAGAAGCUGAUGAACUCUCAGCACUCCAUUCUUCUAGACCAGAUACUGAAGGGCUUUGAAAGCUUUUUGAUUCCUCAGCUGUCCAGCUCACCACCAGAUGUUGAGGCAAUGAGGAUCUAUCUGAUUCUCCCUGAAUUCCCACCCUUCCAAGACUCCAAGUAUUAUAUCACGUUAACACUUCCUCUAGCAAUGGCUAUUCUGCGCCUAGAUACAAAUCCCAGUAAAGUUCUUGAUAACUGGUGGUCUCAAGUGUGCCCAAGAUAUUUCCUCAGGCUAGUGGACCUCUAUAAAGGCGCAGUGGUUUACCUCCUUAGUGGAAGAAAGACACUGUUGAUCCCAGUCUUGUUCAGUAGCUACAUUACAGCUGCUCUCAAACUUCUGGAGAAACUCCAUAAGGUGAAUCAGAAGGUUAAACACGUAGAAUAUGAUAAGUUUUACAUCCCUGAGAUUUCCAGCUUGGUGGACAUUCAGGAGGAUUAUCUCAUGUGGUUCUUGCAUCAGGCUGGAAUGAAGGUGAGACCAUCUAUCAUGCAGGAUGCUGUGACGCUCUGUUCCUAUCCUUUCAUCUUUGAUGCUCAGGCUAAGACCAAGAUGUUACAGACAGAUGCAGAACUACAGAUGCAGGUUGCAAUAAAUGGUGCAAAUUUGCAGAAUGUCUUCAUGCUUCUCACCCUGGAGCCUCUGCUGGCCAGAAGCCCUUUCCUGGUACUUCAUGUUCGCAGGAGUAACUUAGUUGGCGAUGCUUUAAGGGAGUUGAGCAUCCAUUCAGACAUUGAUUUGAAAAAGCCUCUUAAAGUCAUCUUUGAUGGUGAAGAAGCUGUUGAUGCUGGAGGAGUCACAAAGGAAUUUUUCCUCUUGUUGUUAAAAGAACUCCUCAACCCCAUCUAUGGCAUGUUCAUGUACUACCCAGAGUCAAACCUGCUGUGGUUUUCAGACACGUGUUUUGUAGAACACAACUGGUUUCACUUGAUUGGCAUCAUAUGCGGUCUUGCAAUAUACAACUUCACAGUGGUAGACCUUCACUUUCCCUUGGCUCUGUACAAAAAACUCUUGAACGUGAAGCCCUGCCUAGAGGAUUUGAAGGAGCUAUCCCCUACGGAAGGGAGGAGUCUUCAGCAACUUUUAGAUUACCCUGGGGAAGAUGUAGAAGAGACAUUCUGCUUGAAUUUUACAAUCUGCAGGGAAAGCUAUGGUGUGACAGAGCAGAAGAACCUGAUUGAAGAUGGAGAUAAAAUUCUGGUGCAGAAGGACAAUAGGGAAGAAUUUGUUGAAGCCUACGUAAAUUACAUCUUCAACCUCUCCAUCCAUGAGUGGUACACGGCCUUUUCCACUGGCUUCCUGAAAGUGUGUGGUGGGAAAGUCCUGGAACUCUUCCAGCCCACAGAACUCAGGGCCAUGAUAGUUGGAAACAGUAACUACAACUGGGAGGAACUGGAGGAGAGUGCUGUAUAUAAGGGAGACUACACUGCAACACACCCAACUGUGAGAAUGUUUUGGGAAACCUUUCAUGCGUUUCCCUUGGAAAAGAAGAAGAAAUUUCUCUUGUUUCUGACGGGCAGCGACCGCAUUCCCAUCUACGGCAUGUCCAGCCUGCGCAUCGUCAUCCAGUCCACCGCCAGUGGGGAGCAGUACCUGCCGGUGGCACAUACCUGCUACAACCUCCUGGACCUGCCCAAGUACAGCAGCAAGGAGAUCCUCAGUGCCCGGCUGGUGCAAGCCAUCGAUCACUACGAGGGCUUUAGCUUAGCUUGACCGGUGCGGGAGAGGCACAGAGGCUUCGGUACGGAGGAAGAAAAAGAUGGGCUUGGCUUUAUUUUUGUGACGGGAUGGAUCAGCACAUUUUUUGGGAAAAUUAAUAAAUAAUAAUAAUAAUAGAUUGAGAUGAUGCAGUCUCAGCCUGAUGCUGCCAGCAUUUUGGGGGGGGGCUUCAGCAGGGAGAGGCAAUUGUUUUGAAUUUUCUCAUCUACUGAACAAAAUCAGUUCAGUGGGCAUUUUUGUUGUUUCCCCUCCAACAUGACAUCACUGCCCUCGCAGCCAUUCCUUGUAGUUUGCUUUUAUUGCCCCUACACACAC